AUGGGCCAAUUACAUGCACGACGACUACGUUGUCAUCGUUUAUUAUUUGAAUCAUUACCCUUGGAACUGCUCACACACAUUUUGAGUUUUCUCGACUCGAUACAAGUGCUGACUUGUUGCGAGAGAGUCUCCACACGUUUUCAAAAAGCUGUUCAACACCUUGAAUUGUCACUCCGAUAUUCGUCGAGAGUCAUAAACCUUCCUCCUCAUCCUCCUCCUUCUCAUCAACAACAACAACUCUCUGAAUGCUGCUCUUCAUCAUCAUCAUCAACACCCAAGGAAAGAACAUUCUUUACGAAUCAUGAACGAAUGAAACAAGUGGUCGAGUUGGACUUGUCUCAAUGUCAUCUCUCUCCAUCUCUUAUUGAAUGUAUUGCUUCUUCUCCGACAAGGCUACGAAAAUUAUUACUCUGUAACAAUAAUUGUAAAGAGAUACAAUUCAUCACUGAAAGUGAACACUUUGUCCAUCUUCAAUAUUUAGAUUUGAAAUCAAACUCGAUUGGAAAUCAUGGAGCGAAAUUGAUUUUUCAGAGUGAAAAGUUACCAAAUUUGACCUAUCUCGAUCUAUCCAUGAAUCACUUGAAUGAUGAGAUUUCAAAUUCUCUCCGCAAGAGUGUACAUGCGGUACAACACCUAAAAACUCUCUCACUCGCACAAAAUAGUAUUGGCAUUGAAGUUGUGAAGGCAAUGACAGGGAAUGAACAUUUCCGCCAUUUAACACAUCUCAAUUUGGGAGGUAAUUUUAAUAUUGGUCCUGUGGGUACCAAAUUGUUAUGUGAAUGCCAACAUUUGCAACAACUUGUCGACUUAAAUUUGCACAAUUGUUACAUUGGAAAACGUGGUGUUGAAUGCAUUGCAAAUAGUUCAUUCCUCACUCAUUUGGAAUCUCUGAACAUUUUUCACAAUUAUCUUUCGAAUGAAGACCUACAAUCACUUUCAUUCAUCACCAAGAAUUUCAUUCACUUGAAAAAGCUCUUUCUAGAUUAUAACGAAAUGACCUCGGAAGGGUUAAAUACACUUCUCUCUAACCCCAGAGAAACAUUCAAAAAUUUAAUCAAGUUGUCACUCGAUGGAGGAACUAUUGAUCCUCAGAGCAUUCAAAAGAUUGCACAGAUUGAACAUUUAAAAACUCUGGACAUUUAUGGCUUAAAUUCAGAUAAAGUUGCCAAUUUACUUGCUCUAAAGAUUCUUUCCCGACUUGAGAAGUUGAACAUUUAUUGGAGUAUGUAUGGACAGGAUUGCAUUAAGGCACUGAUUUUUUCCCUUCAUUUCAGCAAGAGUCAUUUGACAAUGAGAAAUUUGACAAGUCUUCGAUUUGACAAUGGUAACAUUGGAGAUGAAGGUGUGAAAUUAAUUGUCAAAUGCCAAGCUUUUUCACAUCUGAAGAAAUUGAGGUUAAACAACAAUGGUAUUACAAAUAUUGGAGCCAAAUACCUUUCUAAAAGCCGUUUCAUGAAAAACUUGAUCUUUCUAAGCUUGAAACGAAAUGACAUUGGUAUUCAAGGGCUCACUCUCAUCUUACAAAGUAAUCGCCUCAAACAGCUCCAAAUAUUAAAAGCUGAACACAAUGCUGUGGAGGAUCAAGAACUGGUGCUCUUGAAACAGUUCUAUCGCUCCAAGUUGGCCAUGAAUUGA